AUGUCUCGUGACAGUGAGGAAGUGUUGUUGCAAUGAAUGGACUAAAGACGUGUUUGUUUGAACUAUUGUGUUGGAUUGCACUGCUGUUGAUGUGUUCAGCACAGUGGUUGGGAAUCCCUGGUCUACAGUAUGGUAGGACACGUUAUAACCGUGAAAUGGACUGCAGAUGCGUGAACCACCAGAUGUCCACUGGUGCCACCCUGUUCUACCUGGCUUGCCAGGAGGGACACGUGCACAUGGCAGAGCACCUGGUGAAGAACUGUGGCACCAAUGUGCACGUGAGGGCCCACGACGGCAUGAGCUGCCUGCACGCUGCCACCAACACGGGCCACAAAGACGUGGUGGCGUGGCUGGUGAGCCACACGGACAUCAGCCUCUCCUGCCAGGAUGAAGAGGGAGCCAUCAUGCUGCACUUUGCCGGCAGUAGGGGGCACUCCCGCAUCGUGGAGUGGCUGCUUGAGGCCGGGCAAAGAUCAUGAGGGAUUAUAGGGGCGAGACGCCCCUGCAUGAUGUGGCAGACAACGGAGAGCUGGACGUUGUCUUUGGUGUUGUUAUAUUUGAAUUGUAACUAAACUAAAGAGCAGCCAUAAAUCACAUGUGCAUAUUUGUGCCCUGUCAGUGCUGUAAAAGCAUACUGGCCCGCCACGCCAAGCCCGCUGACAGAGAUGUUGAUGAACCCGCGGCGGCUGAGCCGAGUAUAACGGGAACCAUGACUGUGCCAAAUACCUGCAUGCAAUAGAGAACAACGUAAGCACACCUCCUGUGAUUUUUUUUUUCUUCCACUCCUCGGAGCCAUCUGGGUCGGUACUGACCGUCUGUGAUCUUUGGCGUGGUCGGGGAGGUAAGAGCAAACAUCUGGGAAGCUGAGCCAAUCAUUUUGUUUAAUUUGUAACACCAAAUGUCACUGAGGUCACUCGCAUUUGCUCUCGCUUUCCGGAAAAUGAAAGCGUGUGUGUGAGAAGAAGAAACAGUGACAUCACAUUUUUUGUAGUUCUUUAUGCAAAAAAAAAAUGAACUGAAAUGUGUUAGCGCAUGAUUACGUGACUUGCACAAACACAACCCUCAUAGACCUGAUCUUGUCAAACACAAAACCCCACAAACAAUACAAAUAAUCCACUCAAACAGGCUUUAUGGACGGAAGAGAGUUUUCAAGCUCUGGAUUCUCCUU